CUCAGCUCACGCUGACCUCGGACCGACCAGACGGAGACGGAGAGUCUAGUCGCUCGUUAACAAGCCUCGAAGCAGCCUCAACCUUAUUUCUCCUAGAUUCCGUGCGCUUCUUGGCGCCCGGAUGCGUUGACGUCGCCCUUCUCUUGGAUACCUACUAUCCUCUCCUAAAAAACUUCACACGCGGCCAACGCUCGUCACCUCCUGGCGAAACCUCCCGACGCCGCGUGUCUCCGACGUCCACCAUGAAAAUGCUGUCGCCCGGAUUUCCGAUGCGGCGGUCGUCCGGCCUUGUGCGGUACGGCGUCUUGGCGGCCAUUCUGCUGCUGGCCUUGUACACCUUCACCCGCAGCUCGUCCGAUAUCUCGCGCCCGCCACAGCCAUUGCCGGUGGACAAUUCGCUGCCAGAGCACAAGACAAACCCGCCUCCAAACGCCAACACUGGCCCUGUCACCGCGGGAGGCGCAAAAGCUCCCGUAGCGACGGCGCCGCUGUCCCAGGGAACCUCGACGCCGGACCAGGAGCCCAUCCACGACUCGUUUCCUCCGCUCAAACCUCCCACCAGCAGCGACCACCCCAUUGACAAGCUGGUAUACGACGCCCAGAUGACGUUUGCCGAGCUCACUUCGAAACAGUCCAACACCGUGGAAGAGGCUGCCCAGGCCUAUCGCAAGCGCCGCGGCCGUCACCCUCCUCCCGGCUUCGACAAGUGGUUCGAGUUUGCCCGCUCCAAGAACGCAAUCAUUGUCGAGGACUUCUUCGACCGCAUCUACCAGGACCUGCAGCCCUUCUGGGGCCUUGACCCGGCCGUUAUCCGCAAGGAAUCGUGGGACUAUGAGAUGACAAUCAACAUCCGCGAUGGUAAUGCCACCGCGCGAAGCGAUUUCUUCUGGACCAAGAUCUGGCUUAAGAUGAUCAAGACCAUCGACCACCUGUUGCCGGAUAUGGACAUUGCGCUCAACGCCAUGGACGAGCCCAGAUUGGUUGUUCCCUGGGAGGAGAUGGCCGAGUACAUGAAGAAUGCGUCCAAGACGGUCAAAAUUCCCAAGGCGAAGGACACCAUUCGCGAGUUCCAGAAGCUGCCUCGCCCGGGUACUGGAGACGUCGAGAUCAAGUCGCGCCCCAAGGAUUGGGAAAAGACAAAGCCAUACUGGGCUAUCGCUCGGCGCGGCUGCGCCCCCGACAGCCUCGCCCGGUCUGUAGGACUCGUCAAAACCGCAAACCGCACACCCGACAUCAACUUGACAUACGCCGAACCCCACAUGUACAAGGGCUACGUCUCCAACUUUUCGCUCUCCACCGAGAUCUGCCACCAGCCGGACUUGCAAGCCCUGGAGGGCAUCUUCAUUGAGCCGCUCUCUACCUCUGCCUCCAAGGUCCUCUUCCCCAUGUUUGGAGGUUCCAAACUGGGCGUCAACAACGAGAUCCUGCUGCCUGCACCCAUGUACUGGAACGAGGAGGAGCGCUUCACUGGCGGUGACAACCAUGGUAUUCCCUGGACCGAAAAGCACAACAAGGCCAUUUGGCGCGGUGUCGCAACGGGAGGCCAGAACACGGCGAGCAACUGGCGUGGAUUCCAGCGCCAUCGAUUCGUCGCCAUGAGCAAUGGCACGACCGUUGCGCGAGUGGAAAAGGGAGAAAAGCCAGAGAACUUUGCGCUGCCACCAAGCGAGGAGUACGACCUUCAGGCUCAAAAGGACGGCAAACUGGGCGAAUGGAUCAACACGUGGGCCAACAUCAGCUUCACGGAUCUCAGCUGCACACCUCCGCAAAACGGAAAGUGCAACUACACGGGCCACUACUUCAAGCCGACCAAGGGAAUGAAGAUGGCGGAGCAGUUCGACAACAAGUUCAUCCCGGACAUUGACGGAAACUCCUUUUCCGGGCGCUACCUCGGUUUCUUGCGGUCCACCUCGCUGCCCAUCAAGGCCACCAUCUGGCAUGAGUGGCACGACAGCCGCCUGGUCGCGUGGAAGCACUUUGUCCCCAUGGACAGCCGCUUCCUCGACUACUACGGCAUCAUGGAGUACUUUCUCGGAUACGAGGGGCGCAACGGCCACGACCGAGUCGCUGAGAAGAUUGCCACCGAGGGCAAGGAGUGGGCCGAGAAGGUCUUGCGCAAAGAGGACAUGCAGAUCUAUGUGCUGAGGCUGCUGUUUGAGUAUGCCCGACUGCUUGACGACAAGAGAGAGAGCCUAGGCUGGGUAGACGACGUGCUGAAGGAUCCGUCACUGGAGAAGACGUGGAAAUGGUGGUGGUAGUGGCUUCUCCUCCUUCUUCUUCUUCUUCUUCUCUCUCCUACCGCCUUUUCCCGAUUCUUUUUUUCAUUUACCUUUAUAUUUUUCUCGCAAUAAUCGAGUGUGACGAUGCAUGAGUUGGAACAGUUUGGGACUUGGAUAGGCCUGCGGCGUUUGGCGUGGAAGUCGUUUGUACGCUUCUCCAUAUCGGCAACGAAAGUAAAUUACGGUGAAGGUCUGUUUGUAACGAAAACUGGCGGACGACAGGCGAUUUGAAAAUUGAUACCUGGUAAAGAGAGUGGCAGGGCUUUUUGGGGAAUUACCUAUGUUACAGUACCAAUCCAGCAUUUUCUGUUU